AUGGAACGGCUAUUUCCUAGCAUUACGCUACAGCGAGACUUGGCAAAUAUCGCCUCAGUCACCUCUCAAUAUGGCUUGCUCUGGGUUAUGAGCGCCUUGGAGAAAGGUUGGGUUGUGUCGGUCCCAGACCAUGAGGGCCCAAACGCUGCUUUUGGUGCCGGAAUACUUGCUGGCCAGGGAACCCUCGACAGCAUCCGUGUAGCCUUACAAUCUAAAACUAUUACCAGGCUUCUUUCAGACGCCAAAAUUGCACUCUGGGGCUACUCUGGCGGCGCAUUGGCCGCGGAAUGGGCGCUUGAGAUAAAGCAGCAAUAUGCGCCGGAGCUGAAAAUUACCGCGGCGGCGAUCGGUGGUGAACUCAAGGAUCAUUUCCGGCCCAACGCUUCGGCCAUCUACGAUGUUACAAGGCAAUGCACCAUACCAACUAUCGUCGAGUUUGGCUACAAGAACUUUUGGGAUUACAUCGACUCAGGAGAUGAGCUUCUAGACGAUCCAUACUUGCAGAAGAUCUUUGCCCAAAAUAAAAUGGGCAACCUUGGGACAUCAAAGGUACCGACCUACAUGUACCACGCUAUCAACGACGAGCUUCUUCCUUUUCAGAAUAUUCAAGACCUAUACGAAAAAUACUGUUCUGCCGGCGCCAAUAUUCAAUUUUCCGAAGAGGUCUUUGGGGAGCACAUCAUAGUUGCUUUAACUGGCGCGGCCGGUGCGCUGGGCUACUUGAUCGACAGAGUGGAUGGCAAGGCUGCGCCGGUCGGGUGCCACAGCUAG